AUGUCGACAGCUGUUUCAAACAACUCCACCACUAGCACCACCGCGCCUCCUAAAGGCCGAUCAAAGCCGCCAAGCUUACUUGCGUGUAUCCCGUGUCGGAAAAGCCAUCUCAAGUGCGACGGACAGAAGCCACUAUGCAGCAGAUGCGCAGAUAGAAACGGGGAAUGUUUUUGGAUUGAAUCCCGAAGAGGCUACAGAGAGUUCCGCAAGCCCCAGUCUACCACCACCGAUGAGAAACGUGAGAGGCCAUCGAAAAAUGAUGCCAUUUUCAACGAAUCGCAAUCCCCCCGGGGUCACACUGGAGACCAGAGUCUCGACGAGGCUGACCCGUCUAAAAUCCGCGCCCUCACAUACGAGGAACUCUUUCCAACCUUCGUAAGUGUGCCGCUCGUUGAAGACAGCCAGCCAGCACAGAGCCAGAAGGAAAUGCAUAGUCCUAGCAAUCGCAGUGAUUCCACCAUGUCGAUCGCUCGAGAACUCGAUUCGGCCGUGGUGAGCAAGACGGACAUCGAGUCUACCGACUUGAUAGAACUCUUUUAUAGGCAUUUCUACCAUGCCCACCCAUUUGUUGUACCUCGAAAGAUGUACCUUCAAAAUCCCGCUUCCUUACCGACCCAUCUACGAGUCGUUAUCCGGUAUCUCGCGAGCCAUUAUCUUCCCCAGGCCAACCACGCCGCUCUCGAGAAGGCCGCCAAUGUCAUCUUCUCAGACGAGGUGCCUGACGAUGGCUACAAAGUACAAGGACAGCUGCUUUUCGCCAUGGUCCGCUACGCCCGGUUCGAUCAAGAAGAGGGGGCUAUAGCCCUUGACAAAGCCAUCGAACUCGCAAUCCGAAUUGGCCUGAAUCGAAACAGCUAUGCCCUUCAGUAUGGUCAAGGCGAUGCCACUCUGCAAGAAUCAUGGCGACGGACCUGGUGGACGUUGAUGAUUGUAGAAGGCCUGGUAACUGUCAUCGGCGGACAGUCACAGCCAUACAGACUCUACUCGACGUUUACCGACGUUGCUCUUCCCGGCCACGAUGAGGACUACGACGAACUGCGUGCUUCACCCUUUCCUCGCAGCGUGGCAGACCUCCGCAACCGGACGUUUUCCGAAGAUACCUUCAACUACUCGUCCUUCGCAUACGGCGUUGAAGCAGCGUACAUUCUCGGUUCCGUCCUGGCCUUGGGUCCGGACACGUUCGCCGUGACAGAUCCACAAGUCGAAGCCAUCGACACAAGCAUUUCCAAUUUUCUGCUUUCCCUCCCUCUUGACAAGCGCGAGAUAAUGCGUCAUGACGGAACCGUGGAUGAAUGUCUGCUCGUUGCACACCUGGUUAUCAACUGGGCGGCCAUCGGUCUGCACCGACCACGAUCCACAUUGACAUUCAUUAGAAACCACUAUCGCACAACGUGUACGAGGGCGGAAGCCGCAGGGCUCCCCGCUCUCACCUACGCAUCACACACCGCCAAGGCGCUCAGGGCAGCGAACGCCAUCACCGAUUUGGCUUCCGUCCGACGACACGUCGCAAACUGCACACCCGUGUUGAUGUGCGGGAUCACGACGGCGGCAACGGUGCAUCUGCCUGCAUAUGCGAUUGUUGACCGCCCGGACCAAGCAACAGCAAUAAAAGAACGAUUACAACUAGGCAUUUCGGCCCUGGCGUCUUUUGGUGAGAUAUGGCCUCGCGCAAGUAUCGCCAAAGGACAAGUUGCCAAGUUUGCACGCGAAGUCCUCAUGAAACCCAAUGUAUGCGUCGACAGUACGGGUCCGGGUAUGAUGCCGAAAAUCUCGACCGAGCCAAUGCCCCAAUUGGAGUACGAGGUACCUUUCAACAAUGAUGUAUGGAUGGAGAACCUGAUCCAGGCCGAGCAGGAUGUCGAUGAGCCAACGGUGUGCGGUGCCUUUGGCGACUUUGUCGUGCCCCAGGUGCCGGGUGCCUGA